UUUACACUCAGCUGAUUAUGUUGGUCAUGGCUAUUUCAAGAACAGCUUUUUUAUUUACUCUUCUGCCGUGUUCUCUGAAGAAACAAAACCCACCUGUAUCUGUUGUCUUGCUGAAGAAGCUGUGAUCUGCAGAUCUCACUCCGGAUUGAUUUCCUUAAGCUCAUCCUCCCUGGUUCUCCUUUACAGCCCGGGGUGAAACAGAUGGCAUGGAUGCGGUCAGUAGGUUUAAGAUGGGUUUAGUCUUUCACAGCACUUAGUUCUGGGAUGCAAAUGAGUGAGACCUUUUUGUUGAUUCAGUUUUGAGAAGAGGACCUUUGUGUGGUCUGGCAUAGUUAUCCUGGUGUUGCCCUGCUUCCUCUUCCUGUCAUUGCUAUUUCUCUGGAUCUGCCCUUCUAUUUGUAUAGGGUCACUUUACUUUUAACCUUUUUAUGUCUCUGCAGAGGCAUCAGAAUACAACCAAUCUGCAUCUUUUUGGUCAGGAUCAGUUUCCAACCCCUCUUAAGUGGAUUGCCACCAACGCAUCAUAUCCUCUUUCCCUCGCGAUCACCUGCCCCUUGUAACUCGCUGUCACUUAUUGCAGUUGGAGGAUUUUAAUUUAUACUUUAAACAGCAAUGAAAAGGGUUUAUUUCUCUACCCUUGGAAAAGAAACAUGCAUUUUUCAUAUAUCUAGUCAGUGGUAAUCGAUCAAAUUUACAAAUAUAAUUUGUGUGUGAUGACAUACAAAUAAAUUAAUUUGUUGGAUUCAUGGUGUGGGGCUGUUGACACAUUUGUGGGUCAGCAAACGACCAUCUCUCUUUGCUUAAGGUGUUAAAGCUACCGUCCACAAGCAGAGCCAUGCCUGUGUUUCUAAUCUCAGGAACGGCCUGAUCGUUACCAAACUCCUUUUUAACUAUUUAUGCACAAGAUGGGUGCCAAAUGUGUCUGUGUGAUCACCAAUCCAUGCCGUCUCUGGGGGAUGGGAACAACGGGCCAAGGAAUAGAGAGGGUGUCAAUGUUGAGGGGGAAACUAGCAACACGCAGGAGGCAACAGGUUGUUGAAAUGGCCCUCAUUUACAAUGCCUUUCCUGAACAACACGUGGAGAUCCUAGAGUUUAACCCAGACGGUUUUCUGUUGAAAGAUUGAAAAGGAUUACUAGAACAAGUCUGGGAGUGUUGCCGUAGCCGUACUACCAACCAAAGGAAAUACUUGUGCUGCUAUGUUUUUGGUAUAGGUGGUCAGGGUUUGGACAAACACUGCUAUGUGAAGACAAAAAAAAGGGCAAAGUGGCAAAAGAAAAUCUAGUUGGGCCUGAGGUAUUUCUGACACUAACCCUCCGAUCCUUCCUGCAGCCAGAAUGGACAUAGAUGUGGACUUGGGUUUUGCCCUAUUCUUCUUCUUUCUGCUUUGCUUUUUUCUGUUGGUGUCUAUAGUGCGUUGUGCACAGAUGGUGCUGGACCCAUACAGUGCUAUUUCAACAAGUAUUUACCAAGAGGAGCAAUCAGAGGAGUGAUGGGGGUCCAGACCUGGGAUGAUGGAUACUCAAGAUGAACUGUUCAGGACUGCCACUGGAAACGAGCCUGUUUGCCUUUACUACAUAUGAAACCACUGUUUAUUAUGGUUGAUACAGUGUUGUUAUUUCAAACUUGUUUAUAAUAGGAGCUAAAUCAAAUUAUAUUAUUUGUACAAUGUCAUUCUUCUUCAUAGAAAAGGUGUCUGUUCUCCCUAUUAGUUAUUGGUUUCAACAUAAAAAAAGGAAUUUUCAGUUGACCAUUAUUUUGAUAUGAAUAUGAUUGUUAAAUGUGACAUCUUUUACAAGUAAUGAGUAGAGAGGAUCGAGUAAUUUGCCUUUUUUCCUUAAGAAAGUCACAUUCAUUAAGUUUUGUUAUGAGGAUUUUGCAACAUUUCUACAUUUAGAUCUGAAUUUAAAUAUGUAUACAUGGGCUGUAAAUAAUGAAUGUUUAUGAUAAACAUCUGGUAAAUAUCACGCUAUAAGUCGUGAUUUAUAUUCAUUAAAAAAAUCCAGUGAUAUUCUUAAUUGUGGGCCACUUCAUGUGGGCUGACCUCGUCGUUUAGGGUAUCCUUGUCAGCCUGGUUCUCACAAGGACCUAUAAAGGGUUCUCACCAUGUCCCGCCGAUUGCAGCUAGUGUUCGGAGCUCCGCGUAACCCGGAAGAGCGGGGUUGUUGUUUUUUCCUGAAGGAUAUCGGCAGCACCGCCCUCGCGGGCUACUCUGGAAUGAAAAACAAACAUUUGGCUGCUAACGCACCUAGCUGUGGUGCACACACAUUUG